ACAUUUCAUUAUUGCCUCUCUGUUUCUCUUCAAGAACACCUACAGAUUUUUCCAAAUAAAAAAAUACAUAUAUAUAAAUAAAUUUCUGGGUGUUCGAGGAGGAAUAAAUAAUUGCUCUCACUUUCAUCCGGAAUUUUUAAAUUCCGGAUUGAUUUCCCAAGUGAGAUUUGGAGUUUCAAUUUUUUUAUCCCAAUUUGUUUUUUCUGAAUCUCGAAGGGGUUUUCUUCGUGUUAUAUAUGAUGGUGAAGGCGAUGGGGUCGUUGCAUUCUGAAGAUUUUACCGAAGAACAAUAUGGGUCUCUAGUAAAGCGCUCUCGAUUUAAUCAGUUCGGUUUUCAGCAGUUGAGCUCUGACAGCCAUGCUGUUUCAGUCCCACCCUCGCAGUACAAUCCACUCGAUGAGCCAAGUCCUCUGGGUUUGAGGCUGCGAAAAAGUCCAUCAUUGUUGGAUUUGAUCCAGAUGAGACUCUCUCAGGGGGGUAAUGUUGGUAGUUCGAUGGCCCCGAGUGAAAUUAUUGAUUCUGAAAGCAAGAAAGAUGUGAAGGGCUUUUCUGCUCCUUCAAGUGCUGCUAAUGACAAGUUGAAGGCUUCGAAUUUUCCGGCUUUGCUGUUGAGAAUCGGCAGCUGGGAGUACGUAUCGACAUAUGAAGGUGAUCUGGUGGCCAAGUGUUAUUUUGCUAAGCAUAAACUUGUGUGGGAAGUUCUUGAAAGUGGUCUCAAGAGCAAAAUAGAGAUCCAGUGGUCUGAUAUCAUGGCCCUGAAAGCCGAGUGUCCUGAUAAUGGUCCUGGCACUUUAACCAUUAUGCUAGCUCGCCGACCUACCUUUUUCCGAGAGACCAAUCCACAACCGAGAAAGCACACUCUGUGGCAGGCAACCACUGACUUUACUGAUGGACAAGCUAGCUUAAAUAAGGUACACUCUUUACAAUGCCCUCCGGGAGCAUUGAACAAGCAUUACGAGAAGCUCAUACAGUGUGAUACUCGUCUUAGUAUCCUAACCAGACAACCUAAAAUAGAUAUGGGCUCGUCAUACUUUGACCCUGACGAAGUUUCCAGUGAAGAACAUUCUUCGGAAGAAUUCAAAGGUGCUGCUAAAGAAUCUCCUGUCUCUGCUUUUGAGGAUGCUGCUGCUCGGUUAUCUGCCUUCAAGUUUGAGCACGAACAUUUCCCCCCGAAAAACGUGUCUAAAGUUUCAUCACCUAGCUCAGGGCACAAAAAUUCGGAAUCGGUUAAAGUGCCGGGGCUACGGCCAUCGAUAUCAAUGAGCGACUUCAUGAACCAACUCGAAAAUCACAUUUCCGAGCAGAUGACUUCUAGAAACCUGCCUUCGGCUAAAGCUUCAGAAUGCCAAGCAAUGCUCGACAACAUUGCCCAAGAUCUUCUGAACGAUACUCAGUGUUUGACGGGACUCGACGAACGAUCACUCAUGAAGAAGGUAAACUCACUCUGCAACGUGCUCCAAGUUCAAGACCCUGCACGUGAAGCUGAAGUGCUCUGUGGGCCCGGCUCAGCAGAAAAUGACUGUUUUGCCCUCGUGAGUGAUUCUACGGAUGACACUGUGGAGACUACUUCAGAAGGGUCGGUCGAGGCGAGUCGCGCAAUGCCAAGAAGAGACUCGUUGGGGGAUUUGCUCGUGCAUCUGCCACGGAUUGCUUCCCUUCCGAAAUUUUCGAACUUUUUGUUCGGGAUAGAUGAAGAUGAUGAGUACGACUGGCCGAACUAGUGGUUUUUUGCCGAGAUAUGUGUGUGUGAGUGUGUGUAUAUGUUGGUUUUGAUGGGUUGGUAUGGAUUCAGUUUGGGACUCUUGACAGGAUUCUGAAAUUGAAGUUUGUGAAGAAUCCUGCUUAGUUAUUAGUUCUAGGAAAAGGAUUGUGAACUCCUUUGGUCAUUUUCCAGAUUUUUUUUAAUGAAAAAAUAAAUGCCUUCUUAUGAUUUUUACUUGGGUUUAUA